UCCAGAGAGAACUCGGGAUCAGGGAUUAUCCAUGGAAAACUGGGAAGGAUCUUCAAGAGGGUGGGAAUUCCAGGGGGAACUUGGGAUCAGGGAUUGUCCAUGGAAAACUGGGAAAGAGCCUCAGGAGGGUGGGAAUUCCAGGGGAAAUCGGGAUCAGGGAUUGUCCAUGGAAAACUGGGAAAGAGCCUCAGGAGGGUGGGAAUUCCAGGGGAAAUCGGGAUCAGGGAUUGUCCAUAAAAGUAAUGGGGGGUGGGAAUUCCAGGGGGAAUUCAGGAUCAGGGAUUAUCCAUGGAAAACUGGGAAGGAUUUUCAGGAGGGUGGGAAUUCCAGUGAGAACUUGGGAUCAGGGAUCAUCCAUAAAAAUAAGGGAGGGUGGGAAUUCCAGGGGAAAUCAGGAUCAGGGAUUGUCCAUAAAAAUAACAGAGGGUGGGAAUUCCAGGGGGAAUUCGGGAUCAGGGAUUGUCCAUGGAAAACUGGGAGAGAGCCUCAGGAGGGUGGGAAUUCCAGUGAGAACUUGGGAUCAGGGAUUAUCCAUGGAAAACUGGGAAGGAUCUUCAGGAGGAUGGGAAUUCCAGUGAGAACUCGGGAUCAGGGAUUGUCCAUGGAAAACUGGGAAACAGCCUCAGGAGGGUGGGAAUUCCAGGGAAAAUCUGGAGCAGCUCCAGGGGGAACUCAGGAUCAGGGAUUGUCCAUGGAAAACUGGGAAGGAUCUUCAGGAGGGUGGGAAUUCCAGGGGGAAUUUGGGAUCAGGGAUUGUCCAUGGAAAACUGGGAGAGAGCCUCAGGAGGAUGGGAAUUCCAGUGAGAACUUGGGAUCAGGGAUUAUCCAUAAAAAUAAGGGAGGGUGGGAAUUCCAGGGGAAAUCGGGAUCAGGGAUUGUCCAGGGAAAACUGGGAAAGAGCCUCAGGAGGGUGGGAAUUCCAGGGGAAAACCUGGAGCAGCUCCAGGGGUUAUUUGGGAUCAGGGAUCAUCCUGGAAAAAUGGGAGUUUCUGGGAGGGUGGGAAUUCCAGGGGGAACUCAGGAUCAGGGAUCAUCCAGAAAAAUCCCUUUCCCUCCAAUCCCAAGGAAUCUUUAGGAAUCUUGGGGAUUUUGUUCCUUUGCAUCCCAGGGAAUCCUUGGGAAUUUUGGGGAUUUCAUUCCCUUCAAUCCCAAAGAAUCCUUGGGAUUUCAUUCCCAUCAAUCCCAGAGAAUUUUGGGAAUUUGGGGAUUUCAUUCCCUCCAAUCCCAAAGAAUCCUUGGGAUUUCAUUCCUGUCAAUCCCAGAGAAUUUUGGGAAUUUUGGGAAUUUCAUUCCCGUCAAUCCCAGAGAAUUUUGGGGUUUCAUUCCCUCCAAUCCCAAAGAAUCCUUGGGAAUUUUGGGGUUUUCAUUCCCGUCAAUCCCAGAGAAUUUUGGGAAUUUCAUUCCCUCCAAUCCCAGAGAAUUUUGGGGUUUUCAUUCCCGUCAAUCCCAGAGAAUUUUGGGGUUUCAUUCCCUCCAAUCCCAAAGAAUCCUUGGGAAUUUUGGGGUUUUCAUUCCCGUCAAUCCCAGAGAAUUUUGGGAGUUUUGGGGUCUCAUUCCCUCCCCACCAGGAACCCCCUGGGGUGGAUUUUCGGGGCCCAUCCCUCCGCAGCACCAACCCCUGCUGGGGCAGGAAUUCCAGGGAUUUUCAGGCCGUUGGGAAUGGGAUGAGAUCCCGGGAUUUUCGG